AACAAAAUCGAAAGAAAACACACUCGUCGUGAAACAGCCAUCGAACGCACGCACACGGAAAGUCUUGAGCGAAAUUGUAAAUGAAAUCUCUGCCGAUCGUGCAGUGGGCCGUGCUGCUUCUCCGACCACCCAGCCAGGAAGUGUGAAAAUUCGUGCGGAAAGCUUCACCCGAACGGAAAUCAUCUGUGUGUCGGAGCGAAACUCUGGCGGAUGCACCUGUGGACCCCAACCCCGGUCCCCCCACUUCCUCUGUGCUGUGCUUGUUGUCUUCCCGUUGAGCUGAGUGGCAGAAGCAGAGCAUCAAAAGGAAAGACAACAUUUACGCACCCUCGCUACUCGUCUACUACAUGCGCUGCAGCUUCCUCGAACGGUGACGUUCGAGUAUCGACACAGACAGACUGCCAGACACACACACCCAGACCCGUCGGCGAAGAAUGCAGUUUUAUUACAUUACCGUACCCGACGGUGACCGCCCCGGUUGUUCGUGAUUAGAAACGAACGAUCACGCGCGAACGCAAAAAGAGCAAAAGAAACAACGCCGUGGCUUGAGCUGGUGGGCGACCGGAAAUCGGAUGAAAGCAGUGUAGCAGUACCGCUAAGAAGAGUUUACAUCCUUACACAUUCGCCAGCAGACACAGACACAGACAGAAGUGGCGCGUUAGGAGGGGACAAAACCGCGCAGUCGGGGGUUUGAGGGCAUAAGAUGCACACGUGGUGUGGUGCGCUGGCCAGAGAGUGUGAAAGUGUGCGGGCACAGGCUGAUGUGGUGAUGUGGUGAGCGAGACUGCUGUCUGGUGCUGGUGGGGCGGUGCUGGUGUCGCGAAACUCUUGUUCUUCCACUCCUUUCCAUCGUCCGUCGUGGCAGCCGCGCGCCGGUGCAUUCUAGAUUGCAGAUUCUUUGUUGCACGGGGCAUACCACCGUUGCAUCCUUUGUGUGUGAAGCCGUGUGAGUGUGUGUGUGUGUGUGUGUGUGUUUGUGUUUGUACCAGCACAGGGAGGACCAGCUUACUUGUCUUUUGUGUGUCUGGGAGUCAGCGGAAAAGAAAACCCGCAGUUUCAGUUCACUCAUAGUGCGCUGCUGGCGGUGGUCUUGUACAGCGCGCGUGGCAUAGAAGAAGACAUCGGCCGUGUGGUGCCCUAAACUUAUCGAUAAAGCAAAUCCACGCGCCAGUGUAGUGGGUGUGCAAAAAGCUCGCACGAAUCGAGUUGGUGUGCGUUUUUAUUGCGAAUGUGCCAGCCCAACCGAGCAACCGAAACGCUAAAAAGGUGACCCCCCGGGUGAGGACGCUCCUCCGCGUGCUAUAUCGAUUCUAUGUGUGGUGCUAGUCCGCGUGUGGUGCGAGCUCGAGUGUGCUAGUUUGAUUGUUCCCAGUCGCCCUUCCUCUCUCCCGUCCUUUAUUCCUUCCACCACACCACAACCCGGUCAGGCUGGUUUACCCGGGCACGAUGAAUGCAGCGCCGGAUUUCGGGACCGCAAUCCGGCAGAACGGCUCGCCCAAGCACGACUUUCCGCUGCAGAACGGUCCGAACCAUCAUCCGGUCGAGUACCAGAAUUACAUCGGGGGCGGUGCUGGCGGUGGUGGUGGUAUGCAAAACCAACAACCAAACCAUCAACAGCAACAGCAGCAGCAGCAGGAUCUGACCAUCGAUGGCAUACCGAACAAUUUCCCCCAUCGGCGAUCGCGCGCCUCGAGAACGUUCAAGAAUCCGCCCCAGCCGCACAUGUGCAUCAAGGAGCGGACGCUGGACGGGAAGGAGGUGUUCAUCAACGUGCUCAGCUGGACGCGUAUCGCCAACCCGGACAAUCCGGACGCACCGAUACCACUGUACGGGGGUAUGAAAGUGGGCAAGAUUCCACCCGGCAGCCCGAAAGCGCCACCGCUCGUCUACGCCGUAAUGGCCAGCCCGGAGGUGCUGAAAAAGGCCGGUCGUAAAUGCCCCGACACACCGGAACGAAUGAAUCUGGUCGAUUUGAUGUGCGAGUUUGUGGAAGCCAUGAAUCCUUCUUUGCAUCUGUCGAGAAAACCUGAAAUACUCAAGGACCGCGACCUGUCCGGCGAGCUGAAAGACGUGUGGAGUGCGGUGCAGGCGUGCCGCGAUAAGGGCCGCUCGGACAACGGGCCGCCCGAGAAUCUAGUCGUGUACACCGAGUUCGGCCCGGACAGUGCACCGAGCUACGAGCAGACGAUACAGCAACAUCACCACCAGCAGCAGCAGCUGCAAUAUCAGCAACAGUACGAUCAGCUUCCAAACACACCCGACCAGCAGGGCCGUUUUCCAUUAUCAGCUGGCCAGCAGCAGCAGCAGCAGCAGCAUCAUUACCCUUAUCAUCAACAACAACAACAACAACAAAGUGCAAUUACUCACAACAACCACAGCAACUCCUCCAUACUGACCAGUAUUGAACCGAUCUCAACGCUUUCCGCUACGGACGGUGCUAACGGAACCGAUGGCUCGCCGCUGAACGGAUCCAGUUGCUACGCCAUGCUGGACGAGUUUCUCUCGAAGGAAGCGGAAAGCCUGCGACUGUCGGCGAGCAACGGUAGCAACGGAACGACACUGCCUAACGCGGACGGUAACGCGAACUCCACACUGACCUCGUCUUCUAACUCUUCAUCUACUCCAACCGUGCCACAAACGUCACCGACGAAUCCCUCGACGUCGGCCGCAGCCAGCGCAACGCCCGCGCCGGUGCCUGCAAAAGAACCGACGAAAAGCUCCUCGGGGCACACCUUUUUUCCUAUGUUUCGCUCGUCGAAAAGCAGCUCUAGCAGCAGCAGCAGCAGCAGCAGCACUACUACUAACAGCAAUAGUAGCAGUGGUGCUAACAACAACACUGCCAACAACGCACAGCUAAGCGCCGGCAGCCAGGCAGGCGAGAAACCGACGGUGAAUGGUGGCAGCGAACCGGCCGCUCCCGCGUCUUCCACCCCGACCAGUGACAGUGCGCAGGGUGCGCCCGAACCGCCCACCCCGAAGGCGGCCAAAACGGGCAGCAAAAAGAGUGGGCUUAACUUUUUCCGCCGCAACAAAUCGUCGACGGCAGCGGCGGCGUCGGACACCGCCUCCAGCAAGAAGGACCCGUCCACCACACCAACCAAACAACCUCCCGCCCCGGUGGUGGUGGCCAGUGUGCUACCGGCUGGGCUUUCUUCCCCUACCUCCGCACCGGCCACGCCGGCAGCUACCGGGGCCGCGUCGACCGGGCCAACCGAGGCCAAGCUGCAGGACAACAUGCCGGAUGCUUUGCCGUCGCACGGUUUAGCUAACCACCGUACCCAUCAGCACGGUGGCGCGUACCAUCUGGACGGUGGUAGCAAUAAUGCCAGCAAUGGUGGAGGCGGCGGCGAUGGUGAAAUGCACGAAACCACCAGUGCGGCCACGAUCGCGGCAAAGUAAGGACGGCUGGGGACGACGUACGCAUGAGUGCGAGGGGCAGACCCUGUGGCAUGUGAUAUUUUCGGCUGGGCAGGACCCUUCCUCCCCUUCCUUCCCUCUCCUUCUUCGGACGGUGGGCAAGAGAAAAACAAUGAGUGUUGAUCGAUGGUUAUUGACGAUUUUAGUAUUAUUCGAUUCGAUUCACACACCAUCCGCACAUUCAGCUGUGUAAUUUGGAUACAGGGGGCCGUGUGUAGGUGUGUGUGGUGAGGUGCAUAGGUGUGUGUAUGUGUGUGUGUGUGGGAAUGUUUGUGGUAUGUAAAUAGCAGUCGCACGAAGGGAAAAACGAUUAAAAAAAUAGCGAAAAGUGUGCAAGUGUAUCGCUGCAGCAGCAUUUCAGUCAUCAUCGUCACCGUCAUAGAAGAAUGCGUGCGUGUUAGAAUUGUUUCCGCAAUGGGCAGCAUGUUUAUUUGCGCCCAAGUUUGGUACCAUGAUCAUGCAGUUAAGCUCCUCUUCCUCCCCCUGCAGCGUAGUGUGUAUUAGCUUCAUCCAAAUUCAUCGCCAUCAAUCAUGCCGAUGCACGGAGAAGCUUCAAGCCCCCUCCUCAAACGCUACUGCCAUCUGAACUCUCUUUCCUCCCUUUGGCUAAAAGGGAUGGGAAACAGUAGACUUAUCAACAAUCGAUUUUAAACGCACGGCAGGAAUAGGAAACGAAACUUUUGUACCAGCGGGUUACGGCCCACAGCGUCGUAAGCUACCUUUCGCAGUGCUUUUGCUGUAGGGAUGCUUAGACAAAUGACACUAGUGUAUGUAUGUGUGUGUGUCUCUUUUUUGCAUGAAACACACUGCCCCAUAUCCAUUGCUAGGCAAGCAAAGAGAGAAAUAUAAACAUGUAUUAAUGCUCGCUCGCGUGUAGAGCGGAAAGCAGCUAGCAGUAUUGCUUUUAAAACCAUUUGCUUCCCAUAGCCAGGUAGCAGUCCCGAAACCCACAUGGUGCGGUAGCAUAAAUAAGCGCACACUAUUGUGUGAAAAUUUAGUAUGAAAUUCAAACGCGCGGUUGUAUGGCGGCCACCACAACACGGUGCUUGUUGAGAGAGUGUGGUUCUGCAGCAGUGGAGAGAUACGAUAGUCAGCAGAAGCAUUACACGCUGAUGAGCGGCUGUUAAUGUGUAUAGCAGUGUUGUCAAUUUUGUGAAAGAGUCAUGUAAGCGGAAAUGGAAAAAAGUGUUUAAAAAGGGCAAGAAGAAGAUGGUGAUGCAGCAGAAGGCGAACAGUAGCGAGGACCUCAGGCUGGUGUGUAAAUGCGUGUUAUAAAGUACAUUGCUAUUAUCGAUCGAUCGUUCUCGUUUUGGGCACAGAAAGGAUGUACGGAAAAAAAGAAAGAGGAUAGAGCCAUUUUACGACGGUGCACAUUUUCUACUUCUUAUUCCAUCGUUCGGGCUAUCUCAUACACAUACGGGACCGGACCGGAAGGCUAUCUUUUCUAUUGCGUACGGUAUACAUUACAUAUACUAUAUGGUAACCUUUUGUGAAAAGAUACUCUCUUUAAGCUACUUAAAACACCUCACAGACAUAGACACUUACACACACACAUAUACAGAUACAAAGAGAUCGAACCAACGCCGCUUAGGGCGCGCAACGACAUGCUGCCAUUUGUUUUGUUGCUUUAGUCAAAACAGCUAAGGACACACGUUUGCUCGGUUCAACAACAUUUGGGUUUGACUUUGGGUUACUACGAGACUGCGGAAUGGAACGGUGCUCUCUCACUCUCUUGUAUUACUAGUUAGAGCUAGGUAGAAAGUAGCACUGCGUGCAGUACAGUUAGGCAAAGGGAAGGUUCGAACACUUCCAGUGCGAAGUAGGAAAAAUAUAUCCAUCGGGGCUAGUCUACGUACCGUUUGCACGCAGGACCAUUGUUAGGCGUUCGCACUGAUCCCGUAGCGUAUUGACAGGUUAGUGGAAUACAAGACAAGUCUAGUUUAGUAGAGAUGGGCCAUUAAAUGCAUACAGAUGGGACAGUUAAAAAUAAGCAAAAAGUAUUCCGCACCUUUGAUCGUACUGAUUUUUAAACAAACAAUUUUAGCAAACUCUGCCGAACCGGGCGCGCGUAACCGGUCGAUCGUGAUCUUAUAUAUGCUUAGUUUGUGCGUUUUUUUAUACUUAUAUAUACGUGUAUAUGGCAACAGUUUCCGGACUGAUUCGGUUUAGUGAUUUAAGCGAGCGGAAUAAUUUACAAAAUGCUAGGAUAGCCAACACACACACACACAUCCAACAACACAAACACACUCACUCAUACACAAUCUAUUUGUUCCUUCUUCGUACUUGUUAGCUGUAGAGAGUAGUGCGAUAAUCUUUAUAACCCACGGAGAUGUAUGCUUUUCCUCUGCAGGCUCCACAAUGAAAGACGUGAACCGAGAUCUCAAACCGAUUUGACGACCUUUUUCGGGUAGCGAUCGAAGACGAUCGAAUUUAGUUUUGCUCUCUCUCUCUCUCGACUUCUGAUUCUGUUUUGGGAGGAAUCUUGAACAGACGAGGGAAAAGAACAUUACACGAUGCCCUCUACAUUGUGCAAAUUCAUUAUUAUGAAUAGGCUCAUUCAUUCCUCACUUACUAUCUCCAUCCCGGCUAGGUUUAAUGGGAACAGUUAGCAAAAUGGAUCGUUGGCAAGCGUACUAACAUAGUAUCGUCAGUUUAGUACAGAUUAGGGUAGCAUUAUUUUCCUUCCUCGCUCUCUGUCUCAUGCUCAGGCGGGAACGACAGAACAGUUGAAGCUAACAGCAGGUGAUAAGGUGAUCGAGUAGAAUGUGCACUGCGAGCAGAGAGGCGCAAAAAGUAUUUAUUUAAUUUUCCGGCUAUCCCGGCCAGCGAUAGCAAAGAAGAACGGUGCGUGUGAGUGUGUGUUGUGUGCGUCGUGAGUGGGAUUUUCUUUCGUGUAAUGCAGUGUAGUGUUUUUUUUAAAUCACUUAAUUGUUUAGAUAUAUUUCAGCGCGCAAUAUCAAAACCGCGCCCUUUAGCUAAUGUGCACAAGUUGCAUUUCCGAAAUGGAGGAGGAAGAAACCCCAAUCCCUUUUUCGGAUAUGCCAAGUGUUUUCGCUCUCUUUGGUUUUGGCACACGCCUCCCCCUCCCGAGCCCAGUACAUAAGGAGUAAUUAAUUUUGCAGAAAAAAGCAAGAAAACCCGCACACAGCACACACUGAAAAGUGGUGCAGUUUAUCAAAAUAUCGUUCAAGGUGUGCGUGUGGGUUUGUGUAUGUAUGUAUGUAACUCGCGCACUCAGUAUGUUUUUUGUGUCUAGUUUUUUCGUAUGAUCAUCAAAUCUGUCCUACUAGGGCGUUUAAAUUAUAAAACAGAAUGGAAAGCAAAACAACAGCAACAUAAAAAAAAAAACAAACAAACAUCCACUGUCAAGUA